AUGAGCGCUCUCAAAGCAAAAGGGAGAAAAAUCUUUGAAAUUCCAAUAUGCACAAUUUGUUUGGAACCAAUGAUAAAGGAUCUGUGUGUUUUUACAGUGUGUGGACAUGUGUUUCACUAUAACUGUGGUGUAAAUUGCCAUUAAAAUUCAAGAAAAUGCCCUAAUUGUCGUAUGAGAUCCACAGAAAUACAGUCAUUGCAUUAUAUGGUUGAGGAGAUAACAGGGAUAGACGAAUAGAUGAGUAAACUGUUGAAUGACAUGAGUGCAGAUUAGAAAUAACACAUGGCAAAGUUAUUAUCAGAUUAUGAAGAAUUACUGCAUGAAAAUCAGAGGAUAAUGUAAAGAAAUAAAUUUGUUGAAGAAAAGAACGAAUNUAUUACAGAUGAUAACAAAUUAUACCAAGACGAAGUGAUAAGUAUUCAAUAGGCUUACAUGGGAGAAAUGAGCCAUCGUUUAACAGAGAGAUAGAAUUCAUUCUAAUAGUCGUAAUAGACUCAAAGAAGAGGUUCAUAAUGCUCUAUGCGUGAAUCAUUACACUCUGUGUAAUAGUAACAACAACAACCUUAAUAACAACAACAUUAAUUGAUGGAUAUCCCAAACAUUAGUCCAGUGUAAUAUGUUCAAUAACCACAAAGUGGAAUGUCUCACAGUUCUUUUGGUUAAUUGUUUAAAGAUGUCUCAGUUAAUAGGAAGAACAUCAACGGGUCUUCGGAUAAAAAUUCGAGUGGUAAUGUGUUUUCCUUACCUUACAGCAGUAAUGGCAGUAAGAACACUGUAAACAAUAUAAUUUCGAUUUAAGAAAAGGAUGAGCUAUUUAAUAUUCAAAUGAAACGACUCAUGUUGCAAGAUAGUGUAUAUUAUCAUUAGAAGCGAAUACAGAAUCAGGUGGAUAAUUGCAGUCAGAAUACUGUCUCAAAAUAUCAGAAGUAUCACACAACCCAACCGUAAUAGUAAUAAGCACAAGCGAUACGCUCAGAUAGAAAGUCCAAUUCCUGUAUCUCUGAAUCAGAGAUAGGGGAUCAUCAACUACAAUAGCAAUAAGAUUUGCAACCAUCCAGAUAUGGGAUACAAUCGUCGAAGUUCACGGGAGAAACAGCUAAGCAAUUUCUGAAAAACCCUUUGGAGAUGCCUAAUCUAGAAUUUUAUUAGUCCUUUGAGAAUAGUAGGUAAUUCAGUGAUUAUUUUCCUAAAUACAAUGUGGAUUAAACCAUACAGUGUUACAAAAACUAUUAAUAAGCUCGAUCGAGUGCAUAUAAAUGA